AUGGUGUUGAACAUGACAUUGCUGGGUACACAACAUAAACUACAGAUGACUUCUCCAGGGAAGGUGGCAUCAGUGCUAUCAACAGGAAUAAGAGGAGCUACGAGGCAUACAUGUGGUGCAGAGUCUAACCCAGAGGGAGUCUUUCUGAAAGUUUCGGCCGAUGGCACUUUGCUGGACAAAACAGCAGCUGUUGGUAACUUGACCUUCUCCAACACAAAUCCUGCGUACUUCACUGGCAGAUUACAGAGGGAUAACAAUACACUGUCAGCGAAGGAUUAUCCACCGGUUUUGGAAAGUUUACUUGUCAUCAUCCAAGUUUGUGAGAAAACGUUGCAGUGUCUGAAAUCUGAGUUGAUGCCUUACCUGAACCCUGACGAUCUUGGCCGUCAGUCUCUGUUAUCUGAUCUGGAGGAAGCUGUGUCUAGCAUUAGAGCAAAAGCGAAAGCUGUGUACCUUCAGAACACCAGUUCCGAACUCCUGGACUUCCUAACUCUGUCUGGAGAAGUGGCAAAUCGAGUGUCCAUGGCUCGGACACUAACACAACGAUUAAAACGGCAGUUUCUUCUGACAUUUCAAUCAUAUGAGAUGUCUUACUUAGAAGGAAAUGUAACGUCACUGACACAAGUCUCAGCAGAGUUUGUUAGUAAAGUGGUCCAUCAUAGUAGUUCUGAUUUUGGCAAAGUCUCAGAGUUGGCCAUUAAAUCUACUUUUGAAAUCACUGUUCUUGGGAGAGUGUUGAGAAUUCAUGGAGAGUUCUGGCACAAUGUAGCUGGACUGAUGGAUACUUGUAAAAAGACUGAUGUGCUCCACGGUCUAGAGGAUCCACCCGCCGCCCUCAUCGUUGGUGUUAUUUUAUCCUCUGGUCAGGCAGAGCACUCCAGUCCAUGGCUGGAGAGUAUUUGGGACAGAUUGAAGAUACAAGAUGUUUCCUCUGUCAGAAUGAUCUUCUCAGACACCAGUGAGUUUGUCAUAGAACUAGAAGUGUGUUUACUGUCUUUGGGGAAAUUCCCUGGUACAAAACUGAUCAUAAACCAUAAUGGUCUUUCCUUGGAGACUACAGGUCUGUUGUGGGACAGUUUCCCUGUGUCUUUAUCUGGGUUUGCGCUGACAGAGCAACAGUCUCCUGAUUCUUCCUGGUCGGUUCCCCUCACUGGCAAAUUUGUCUCAUUUGAAGAGGAUUCGUUUGAUGGGCAGCUUGAGCAUGCGGUGCGUCAGACUGUUAAAGACUUGACACAGAGCUUGUCUACCAGACUCCAGGUGGCGAAGUACAAUCUGAAAAGAGCCAGGGCUGCUCACCAGGAAAUUCUGAACAAAUUUGAACGAGCUGAGCAGGAGUUGUCUGAUGUGGAGCGUUUCUCGUCGUCGAUGGUGUUCACACUGCCAGCAGAAGUCAGCGUCCAGGAUCUCCUCCACUACCUGGACAAGAUCUCCGACUACAGGACAGUAUGUAACUGUUCCCCAUGUUCCUCCGCGUGCCUGGGUGGCAGUCAGAUAGAGGUCUGUGAAGAGGAAUUAAACUACCCAUGUCUGUUCUGGACUGAUUGCGCUCAUCAGGCAAUCAACUUGACUUGUGUCCUCCACAAUGUGGCGUGCUUUGGCGUAUUGAAGUCAGCCUUGAGCAGGAGGAAUGGCUCUGAAGAGACGGUGCUGAUUGGCAGGCUGCAAGGUUUGAUUGAGGAUGCAAGUGUGCAGCAGAUGGUGGACGAAGAGAACAAGUUUCAAAAGGAAAGAGCACAAAUCAAAAAAAAAUUAUUGACUUAUCACUUAGAUGAAUGUACAAAAGACAUAGAUAAUCUGGAAAGGCACUUGAAGGUGAUUAGAGAGGAAAACAUUCACCUACUCUACCUUCAGGAUCUCAUUAAGCGAAAUGGUCUUAGGGCUGUGAUUAAGGUAACGGACUGUGGGUUUGAGACCACAACUAGAGAGGAUAACUUCCACAAAAUUGAUGUGCAUUGUAUUAUAAACCCCUUUUUGGUUGGUCAACGAUUUAUGACUUUUGCUCUGAACCUUGGCAAGGCACAGAGCGGUGUCUGGGAUGUGGCGCAAGGUUUGGUUUCUGAUAUGCUGAAUACAGUCCAAAAUAGCCUGACUAAUGUAAAGUCAUAUUCUGCCACAGACAAGUACUUAUAUCAAAGUAUCAAAGAACAUCUUUUCACCAAGACACCUACAAUUCAUGUUGAUGUUGAAGAGAGUAAGUGGGAGAAUGAUUGCAGACAAGCUGAGGACGUGCUGAGCUUUCUUGAUACAAGUGUCGGUGUGCUGAAACAGGUCACGUCAUCAUUAAGUCAAGCGAACGUCCUCACUAAGAAGCUGGCCUCGUUUCCAAACUCUUUGCCUCUUCGGAUGUCGUUGAUAAAUGACACGGCAGCCUGGUUUGUAUAUGAUCUAGCAAAGCCUGAAAUACGCAGAAUCCUCAAGAGUAUAAAUCCUCAGCAGGACAAGGUUGUGAAGAAAAUUAAACAACUGUAUACUUUUGCCAAAGAGAAAACUACGUCAUCCAUCGAGUUUGUUCAAGACGUGCCUUUCGUGACAUUGUGGCAAACCAUGAUGGAUGCGAGAAUUAAAACCCAGUUCAAUUUUACGCUUUGUUCUGGUUUCUCAGACUGUGUAAAACGGAGUCUAUUUCACUUGACAGAACUUACGAGAGCAGCAGACCCCCAAGCCACCACACAAGCACUGCAGACCACAUGGUCCAUAUCUAAAGGCUUUUCUGCAAUUCUAACAUCAAAUUCUUAUUCACCGACCAAACUGCAUGAAGCAGUGGAACGAUUGCAAAAUCAGAUCCUGACUUUGAAGAAACAGCAGUUGUUUUGUCCUGCUAUCUUUUCCACAGAGGCCAUUGAUGAUGUUGUUGUUGUCGAACGUGGUGCUAGUGUCGACCUCUCCUGCCCUGUACGGGUUGAUCUCGUAUCCUCUGUUGAUUGGCUAAGAGAUUCUAGCAGACCUGUAGCUAUAGAGAGGGACCUCAUCCUGACCCUGUCUAACGUCAGUUUGGCUGAUACAGGGUCCUACACCUGUACGGUUCACAGCUACAGUGGCUUCCAUACCAGCUCUCCUAUCCAGCUUGUGGUACGCCAUACCCUGGCCUUCACCUCCAGCCUACCGCUGAAGUACCAGGCAGUAGAGGGGGACACGGUGCGUGUGGAUUGUGGCAGCGUAGGCACGCCGCCCCGUGAGACUGUGUGGAAGACUAACUCUGGUAGUGAUCCGGAACCUGGUGAAGAACUCGUACUAAAGAAUAUCUCCAACAAAGCGUCGGGAAUCUACCGAUGUGAAGUCAGUAACAACCAUGGCAGCCUUGUCUCUGAUGAGAUGUUCUUAGCGGUGUGGAAGGCUCAGCCCAUUUGCCCGACUGUCCGUUAUCGGUUCAGUUAUAUUUCUGGUCCGAAGGUCUUCCAAAAUGAGCAGAUGGCCAAGCACCAAGCAACAGGAACUAUGCAGGAGGAGUUUUCUCGAGCGCUCAGCGCCGUGUUCCACGACAAGUCAAACACGUUUUUCCUGUACAAUGUGUCCGUAUUUGAGGACAGGUGGCUGGGAGAGUUCUCCGUUCGUUCGAUCAGUUGCCAGCGUGGAGGAUUCUGUGAGCGACAGAGGUGUGAGAUACGGUACCGGGAAGAGCUGGACAAGCUGCAGCAGUUCCUCACUGUGUUCCAGGCGGUCCGGGGCAGCGUCUUCCUCUUCGAGGCCAAUCACAUGUACUACUACUUCAACUCAGCCUACUAUGAUGUGAUCAGAAGUCAACCCGUCUGCCCCGAGGGACAGAAAAAAGCUGGCGACUUCAUUUGUGUUCUCACGGAGAACGGAAUUCCUGGGCAGUCCAAUGGAGCUGGCAUCCCCUACCCCAUAGGACAACCCGCCAACCUCACUUUGGCAGUGGACCACAUAAGCUGGAAUCCUCCCGUCAACGGGAUGUCAUUCGUCAAGGGCUACCACGUGUUAGUCAUGGAUGUGAGACUGGCGAUGACUGUGAUCGUCAACGUCACCACGACAGAGCUGCGCUACUCACUGCCGUUUGAUGUGACGUCUGGGCAUUAUGAAGUCAGUAUUAGCGCCUUCUCAAGACAGCACAAAGGGGAGCCUGCCAGCCUUACAACAGAGACGCCACGAUCAGACGAACAGAACGGCCUUGUAUGCCGGAGUCUUCACAGCAGUGGGAUUGCUUGCGGGUUUGAUAGUUACCAUCUUCAUCUUCUGGCGAUCCAAGCAAAGAAAGUCUCGAAUGGUUAA